AAAGAUGGAAUUGAUAUAUUUGUUGUGCAGUAGCUUUUAAGUCUAUAAUCCAUUCUCACACAUUUCCCAUUAGAAAUGGGGUUCUCCAGCUCACUGUGAAAAUGUUUUUGUGUUGCCACUUGUGUGUAAUUUCAAUACAUCAAAGUAAGAGGAAGGGACUGAAGAGAGAUUAUAAAUCCAUACACUUGGAUCAUGUGGAACAAGGUAAGGAGUGAUGCAGCAACAUUAAAACUCAUAUACAGUCCCUUCUAACCCUUGAGCCUUCUAGGCACACCCAGGCUGCAGCAACACAUGUCCUGAGGAAAACAAAUGUCUAGGUGGUUGGUGAGCUCUCCAAAAGUCCCAGUGGCUGCGUGAACUCUGGAAGAAACUUGCCACAUAAAUCAAUAUAAGCAGUGGAAGCUCUAAACAGGAAUAACAGCAACUGGGUGUGGUUACUGGAAGCAUUGUGUUGCCGGCUGCCUAGCUGUUGGAAAAAUGUUUCUUGCCCUGGCUCUGUGUUGUCAUAUUACCUGAUCAAUCAAUUUUACUCAGUUCUAAUCCCAUUGUACUUAUCUCUGUUUCCACAACCCACUGACCCAGAAGGAGUCCUCUGAUAUAAUCUUCUGGGUUUUGGCCUAAAAUCUCAGGGAAUGGAAUUGCUAAUACAGCACAAGUUCUCCUUGUUUCUAGUACAUUUUACCAGCUCUAUAAUCAAACUAAUAUCAUAAAACUGCUGUUUCUGCAAGAAAUAAUCUUAGGAGCUCUUCCAUUAGCCUGUCUAUUAGAAUCCUUUUCAGAUUGGUUUUCAAGGGAAACUACAAAGCAGAAAGAAACAACAGAUAACUUAUUCUAUAUCUGCAGCAGAAUUAUCUCUUAAGUGGUGAUGCUGACAUUGGUUACUAGUUGUCAGUUCCUUAUUGAAGUUCUUUAUUUGGUUUACUGAUUGGGCUGUUUCUAGGUUUCCACAAGUAUGGAGCUCAGAAAUGGCAACUUUUUAUGUCAGGAGCGACUUGAGAAACUGCAUUUCCCUAGCUACCAUUAGGGAGAGGGAAAUGGUUCUCAGCUCAGGCAGCAAAUAUGGAGGGGUAGCAUUGGGAAUUCCUUGCUUUCUUUUUUCAAAAUUAUUCCUCACUGAAUAAUUCAGGAUGACACAUAACUUCUCAUGGGCCCUCAAAACAGUAAGUAACUAGGAACUUAAUACAUAUAAACUUAUCCAUAACGUGCUACUUUUUAGGGUAACAAUGUUUCUUUAGGGGAGGGGGAAAAUUUUGUUUUUUUAGUUGACUCAAAAAAAGGGAUUGCUGUUUUGUGGAUUUUAUGUUUAAUUACUUUUCUCCAUUGAGAAACAAAAAUGCUUGUGGGAGGGUUGUAGGCAUUUUUUUCCACACUUUAGCAACUAGCAUACUCUUUCAACUUGUCAAGCAUGAAGAACCAACAGGUUACCCAAAAAUGACAUAACAUGACUUCUGGUUUCGACUAUGAUACAACAUUAAUCAACAAGUUCCAAAGUUUGUUCUAAGUUCUUUGGUGCCCUCGGGACACCACUCUGAUAUCAGUGUAAGAAAUUCAUCUGGCACUUUCGGUGUGGAAUAAUGACACCGCUUUAUCCUUUGCCUCAGGCAACAAAAUUUCAUGGGAGGAGUCCUUCCACCAGCUGCAGCAUUCUUCACUCAGAAUUGCUUUUUUUAUGUCAGGAGCAACUUGAGAAAAUGCUAGUUGCUUCUGGUGUGAAAGAAUUGGCCCUCUGCAAGGAUGUUGCCCAGGGGACAUGCGGAUGUUUGAUUUUUUAAAAACAUCCUUGUGAGAGGCUUCUCAUGUCCCUACAUGGAGCUGGAGCUGACAGAGGGAGCUCAUCCGCACUCUCCCGGGAUUCAAUAAUUAGUAUGGGUGUGGCAUCUAUCCCUGGCUGAAUCUCCAUGCCACCGUAACUGAGGCCUGACUCAAAACUGAACUGAGAUCCAGCAGGACAGUAAUUUGUCAAAGAGAUGGUAAAUGGGGUAGGCAUUCUUAAAGUGUCAGAAAUAUUGAAAAUUAACAGUGUAUUUUUAAUUACAAAAAUGUACAGGCACUGAAAGAGUUAAAUGAUGCAAUGACUAAGCAAAACCAGUAGGGUAAUACAACCUCUGAGGAUGCCUGCCAUAGAUGUGGGCGAAACGUCAGGAGAGAAUACUUCUGGAACAUGGCCACACAGCCUGAAAGACAUACAACAACCCUGUGAUCCUGGCCAUGAAAGCCUUCGACAACACAAUAAGCAGGUGUGCCUGUAAGUUAGCUGCUGCUCCUGUGUAAAGACUUCCAUCUGUGUAAAGAAUGCCUCAGUGUAAGGAGUGCUGUAUUUGACUGCUCCAAGGAGAGAGCUGCUUCAGUUUGAAGACUGAGAGAGAAGCCCAGAUUGAAGGCAAGAAGCUGAAGCAAAGAUAUAACAAGGAAGUAUAAAGAACUUUGCUUAUAUUAUGGAUACUUUGUUUUUGUAAAUAGUACAACCAUAUUUUUCUGCAAGAAAUGCCUCAGAAGGAAGAUAACAAUAGUCUAUGUUUUUAUUUCAUCAUACUGGCUACUGGUUCUGAGUCACGCUGCUGCUCCUAAAUAAGCUACUCUGCUGUAUACUUUUAUUGUGAGGGUCUUUAGUUAUUAAGCCCAUUCGCCAAACAUUGAAAUCCCUGGUCUCAUAUUCCACAUUUGUUCUCAACUUCCCACUACUGCUGGAUUAACCAUUAUGCAAAAUAACCACAUGCUUAGGACAUCACGGAAAAAAAGGAGAUGGCACCACAUAAAAUUUGUGUUGCUAGAUUUAACAUGGAUUAUUUGCUGCUAAACUGCAAAUGGUGCAGGUGCACCAGAUUCUACAAAAACAUGCCCCUAUAAUAAAAGACUGCAAUUACAAAAGUAGGAGAAAAUUUUUCAAGUAUAAAUUUAAAAUGAUAGUGUAUAACAAUAAACACUAUUUUCCAUCUUUCUGUAAGGUUUGUUUCAUUUCAAAAUAUUUUUUUAUUUUACGGUUUAUUAUUGUUUGCAUUUUGAAUUAGAUUUAUAUGGGAGCACCAAAAUAUUUUAAGCACUUAAAGCCUCUACAUGUUUUAAUCUGUCCCUGAUUCUCACAUUAUUGGUGAUAUGAGAUUGUUACUUCUGACCUUCAGAAAUGGCUCAAGACAUUUUGUACAACUAAGAGGCCUCCCCAAAACAAAUAAUCUUUUGAUAUUUGAGCAAAAAAAAACUCCUAAAAGUGGUUGUUCUGCCUGUCCUUCACAAUUGAACUAUAAUAAUAAUGAAUUACACAACUAUCAAUUUAUUGUCUUUUCAAGGCACUUCAUAGCUUGAGAAAAUUUGCUGGGUGCUGUUAUUCUUUCUUGCGAUGCACAUAUUUGUACCUUAUUUUUGUGGGUUUUAAUACAUUGUUGUGGUAUAGUGGUUCCAACUCUGGAGACCAGGGUUCUAAUUCCAACUUGGCCAUGGAAACCCACUGGAUGAUGGUGGGCAAGUCACACUCUCAGCCUCAAAGGGAGACAAAACCAUUCAUUUCAGAACAAAUCUGGGGAGUAAUAAUGGUAAAACAAAUAUACUUUUAGUAGGUAUAACUUGCAGGUCAUUUAAAUAUGUUUUGACCUUUUGUUUGUUAAGAAUUAUUCCUCUGAAUUCAAUAAAAACAGUUUUUAAAAAAUACUGGGCAGACUUCCCUAUUCUCCAGAACUAUUCAUCAGGUCAGACAUGACAGCAAAAAAGAGUUGCUGAGUCACGCCCAGAGGAAUAGUAAACAUUAAAUGAAAAUUGGCAACAAAAUAUUCAGGUGGGAUAAGAUAAAGUAUCUUGAAUAAAAACUUACCUGCUCUUGUUUAUUUCCUAUGCAGUUCCCUUCCUGUCAAGCAAUCAUUAGUGGUAGGGAGCAAGAAGGAUCACUUUAAAAAGGCUGUCCAACACUGCCGUUAUGAUCGAUUGAGGCUGGGCGUACAUUAAAUAUUCCAUUGAUUUAAAUGUUAUUUGAACACCUGAAACAAAUACAUUUCUGUCUAUUUUCUCAGGCAGCAUCAAUAUAAUACCAACAAAAUAAGCAAUAUUGCAGGUUGCUGCUGAUUCAUGAUAUCCAAAACCUUGUGAUGAUGCCAUAUAGCAGAUUUAGCUGAAGAGCCAAAAGGGAGAGAAGUAAGUGUAGUGGUUUCAUUUAAACUUAGUUCUGACUGAAUUGAGAGGACUAUUGAAAGGAAACAGUAUAAUUUUAUUUUCAUCUGAAAAUAAAUAGCUGGCCAUUUAUUACUAGCAAGUCUAGCAGCUAUUAAAUCACAUAUAUUCCCUUAAUUCAAUUAACAGAAAUGGAAAGUGGUCUCCUCUCUUCCCAUUUCAAAAAUUUGCUCUUGGAUGCAUUUUUAAACAAAUGCUUUCCAUUGUGCUCCUUGACACCGGAUUUAUACUAUUUAAUACUAAACCACAUGCCACGUACGUAUGUUCCUUUUCAAACACAUAUUUGUCAAAACUUUGUAAGAGCAUGAGUUGCCUUGACUUAAUUUAAAUCUGCUGUCGAAGGCUUUCAUGGCCAGAAUCACAGGGUUGUUGCAUGUUUUCCAGGCUGUAUGGCCAUGUUCCAAAAGUAUUCUCACCAGACUUUUCGCCUACAUCUAUGGCAGGAAUCCUCAGAGGUUGUGAUACCUCACUUGGAACUUGUUGGCAGUUUCCCAUCCAGGUACUAACGUGGGCAGAGUCUGUAUAGUUUCUGAGGGUCCUUUCACACAGCUAUAUAAUCCAGAAUAUCAAGGUAAAAAUCUCACAAUAUCUGCUUUGAACUGGUUAUCUGAGUCCACACUGCUAUAUAUUCCUGUUCAAAGCAGAUAUUGUGGGAUUUCCUGCCUUGAUAUUCUGGGUUAUAUGGCUGUGUGGAAGGGCCCCUAGAUCAGACAGAACCCGGUGCCUUUAGGUAUUUAGUGACUCAAUUGAGAAGUUACAAAAUUCUGGGGAAAUUCCCUUAUUCUCCAGAAGUCUUCAUCAGGUCCAGUGUUAAAGCAGAAAAUGAUAGCUAGGUCAUGACCCAAGAACCACAUGUAUUUAGUUACUCAACUAACAGGCCUCAAAGUACUGAUCAAACUUCCCUAUUCCCCAGAACUCUUCAUCAAGCCAAGUGCUAAAGCAGAAAAGACAGUUGGGUCAUGACCUGCAAAACAGAUUUUUUUAAAAAAUAACAAGGAAAACUAUGAAAGCUAAAGAAGUAAAGUGCCUACCUCAACCACAAAGAAAACAAUGCAAAUUUUCCACAGAAUAUGAAGUGUUUGGGUUGAGCUGGGAUAAAGUUGCCAGCUCCUUGUCAUAUUUAUUUUUACUAUGAUUUUAUCGUUCAGAGUUGAAAUCUAAAGCAUCUCCUUACUUGGCAGCGCCUUUUUUAACAAGCAAGCAUUAAUUGUGGUAAAAAGCAGAGUCUGCCCAAAGCAGGGGUCCCCAAACUAAGGCCUGUGGGCCAAAUGCAGCCCUCCAGGGUCAUUUAUCUGGGCCCUGCCCUCAGUUUUAGACUCAGGCUUGCCCUAAGUCUAAAAUGACUUGAAGGCACACAACAACAAUCUUAUCAGGAAGAAGCAGGCCCACACUUCCCAUUUAAAUCCUGGUAUGGUUAUAUGUUGGUUAAAAUUCUUAUUUUUAAAUAUUGUAUUGUUCUUUCAUUGUUUUGGGGUUUGUUUGUUUGUUUUUUGCACUACAAAAAAGACAUGUGCAGUGUGCAUAGAAAUUUGUUUGUAUUUUUUUCAAACUAUAGUCCGGCCCCCCCAACACUCUGAGGGACUGUGGACCGGCCCUCUGCUUAAAAUGUUUGAGGACCCCUGGCCCAAAGAGUGCCCCUCUGAGGGCACACAGCCAUAUAAUCCAGAAUAUCAAGGCAGAAAAUCCCACAAUAUCUGCUUGGGAUUGGGUUGUCUGAGUCCACACUGCCAUACAUUCCACUUCAGAGCAGAGAUUGUGGGAUUUCCUGCCUUGAUAUUCUGGAUUAUAUUGCUGUGUAGAAGGGCCCUCAAACGCUGUAACUGCAGUUGACUGAGACUGAGGCCCCUUCUACACUGCCAUAUAAAUCCAAAUUAUCUACUUUGAACUGGAUUAUAUGGCAGUGCAGACUUAUAUUAUCCAGUUCAAAGCAGAUAAUGUGGAUUAUCUGCUUUGAGAUUUUGGAUUAUAUGGCAGUGUGGAAGGAGCCUGAGGCUGGAUCUAUACUGGCCAAUAUCCCGGGAUCUGAUCCCAGAUUAUCUUCUUAUCCCAGAUCACCUGGCAUAUUCCCCAAAGUCUGGGGAAAAUAUAUUUUAUUUUGUAAAUUGAUAUAAGUUUACAUUUAUUUUUACUUAGUUCAUAUUUAGUGAUUAUAAUCUGACAAUGAGGAUAGGUUUAAUUACACUAUUUUCAUCUAAGUUAGAUGGAGUAAUAAUGAUAUGUGGAGUUAUAUACUUUUAGUAGAUAUUAAAUUGGAAGUCAUUUUAAUACAUUUAAAGUUUUGUUUAUCUAUUUGUUUUAUUAUAGUGUGUAGUUUUUGUUUUGAUCUGUUUGUUACAGUUACUUCUUUGAAUUCAAGAAAGUUAAUUAAACCAAUACUGAUCAAACUUUCUUAUUCUCCAGGACUUCUUACCAGAUCUGAUAUUAAAAGGAAACAGAUUUUAAAAAUCAGAACGGUUCACCCCCUUGAGAAACAGCAUUAACACAAUCAGAAAAUGAGUGUGUUUAGUUAUUCAACUAAGGGCCCUUCCACACAGCCAUAUAACCCAGAAUAUCAAGACAGGAAAUUCCACAAUAUUUGCUUUGAACUGGGUUAUCUGAGACCACACUGUCAUAUAUUCCAGUUCAAAGCAGAAAAUAUGGGAUUUCCUGCCUUGAUAUUCUGCAUUAUGUUGCUGUGAGAAAGGGCCCUAAGGCGCCUUCCACAUAGCUGAAGAAAAUCCCACAUUAUCUGCGUUGAACCAGAAUAUAUGGCAGUGUGGACUCAGAUAACCCAGUUCAAAACAGAUGUGGGAUUUCCUGCCUUGAUUUUCUAGAUUAUAUGGCUGUGUGGAAGGGCCCUGAGAGAUUUCAAAGUACUGGUCAAACUUCUUUAUUCCCCAGAACUCUUUAUCAGGACAUGUGUCAAACCAGAAAAGGGCAGGUAAGUCAUGCCUUGGUUUGCAAAAAUAGAAAAAGAUAUGAAAACCUUUUUGUUUUGAUCUGUUUGUUACAGUUAUUUCUUUACAUUCUUGAAAGUUAAUUAAACAAAUACUGAUCAAACUUCCUUAUUCUCCAGAACUUAAGAAAUCUAAUGUUAAAAGGAAACAAAAUUUAAAAAAUCAAAACAAUUCACCCCGAGAAACAGCAUUAACACCGUCAUAAAACUAGUGUGUUUACUCAACUGAGACAUCUCAAAGAACAGGUCAAACUCCUUUAUUCCACAGAACUCUUUAUCAGGACAUGUGUUUAAGCAGAAAAGGACAAGUAGGUCAUGACUUCAGAAACUGCAUGGUUUACAGAAAUAGAAAAAAAUAUUUGGCCACAGAAUACUAACUGCCUGAGGUGAGAUGGGUUGACAGACAAUCAGUCAUAUACAUUCACUGGAAGUAGGGGCACAGGACUCCUGUGAAAGUGAAAAACUACAAAGUUUUUGCAGUUUAAUAAACUUUUCCCAGAGGGGGGUUGGCCGAGUGGGUGAAGGUGGUGGUGAAUGCCUCCCUUCAGGAAGAUAUAUUUCCAGCGAGCCUCAAAUUGGCUGUGAUCAAACCGCUGUUGAAAAAGCCAUCACUGGACCCCACUCAAUUGGACAGCUAUUGACCUAUUUCCAAUCUCCCCUUUUUGGGCAAGGUUGUGGAAUGUGUGGUGGCUGCACAACUCCAGGCAUUCUUGGUAGACACUAAUUUUCUAGAUUCGGCAGUCUGGCAUCAGGCCGGGGCAUGGUACUGAGACAGCCUUGGUCGCCUUAGACGAUGAUCUACACCGGGAGCUGGACAGGGGGAGUGUGUCCCUGCUGGUUCUGCUGGACCUCUCAUACCUGCUGGACCACCUUUGAUACCGUCGAUCACAGUAUCCUUCUGGGGCUCCUUGUGGGGAUGGGUCUCGGAGGUACUGUUUUGCAGUGGCUCUGGUCCUUCCUGGAGGGUUGAUCCCAGAUGGUGUCAUUGGGGGACACCUGCUCGACCCCACACCCAUUGACUUGUGGGGUCCCACAGAGUUCAGUACUGUCCCCCAUGUUGUUUAACAUUUACACGAAGCCGCUGGAAGAGAUCAUCCGAAGUUUUGGGGUGCGGUGUCAUCUGUAUGCAGAUGAUGUCCAGCUCUGUCACUCCUUCCCACCUGUCACUAAGAAGGGUGUCCAGGUCCUGAACCGGUGUCUGGCUGCUGUGUCAGACUGGAUGAGAGUGAACAAAUUGAAAUUGAAUCCGGACAAGACAGAGGUCCUCCUGGUCAGUCGUAGGGCCAAACAGGGUAUGGUUACAGCCUGUGUUGGAUGGGGUCGCAAUCUCCCUAAAGACACAGGUUCGCAGUCUGGGGGUUCUCCUGGACUCAUCGCUGAGCCUGGAACCCCAGGUCUCAGCAGUGGCCAGGUGAGCAUUUGCACAACUAAGACUUGUGCGCCAGUUGCACCCGUAGCUUGGGAAGUCUGACUUUGCCACGGUAGUCCACGCUCUAAUUACAUCCCGCCUGGAUUACUGCAACACGCUCUACGUGGGGCUGCCUUUGAAGAUAGCCCGGAAGCUUCAAUUAGUACAACAGGCGGCAGCCAGGCUUAUAACCGGAGCAGCGUACAGGGAGCAUACCACUCCUCUGUUGCGCCAGCUCCACUGGCUGCCAAUAUGCUACCAAGCCCAAUUCAAAGUGCUGGUCUUGGCCUACAAAGCCCUAAAUGGUUCUGGUCCAACUUACCUGUCUGAACGUAUCUCCUCCUAUGAGCCUACGAGAACCUUAAGAGGUCCUGCUCUCGAUCCCACCUGCCUCGCAAGCACGGCUGGUGGGGACGAGAGACAGGGCCUUCUCAGUGGUGGCUCCUCAGCUGUGGGUUUCAGAAAGAAAUUGAAGACCUUGCUGUGCGUGCAAGCAUUUAAAGAAUAAGUUCUGUUGGCUUUGACUCAGACUGGACUAAGAUUUAUGUACAAGGUCUUGUGGAUGAAUGGUUCAAAUACUUUAUAUUGUUUUUAAAUUUUUAUAUUGUAUAUUGUUAUUUUGUUUAACUUUUUAACUGUUUUAUUGUUUUAUUUUAUUGUACUGUGGUAUAUUGGCAUCGAAUUCUGCCAGACUUGUUAACCGCACUGAGUCCCCUCGGGUGGGAAGAGCAGAAUAGAAAUGAUGGAAAUAAAUAAAUAAAUAAAUUUAUAACUCAGGAACAAAGAUGUUUUACAUAGGGCCCUUCUACACUGACAUAAUCAAAGUUGAUAAUCUAGAUUUUAUACAGCUGUGCAGAAGGGGCCAUAGAGUGGUUAUUAUUACGUAUUACUAUUAUUACCCUGCUUUUCUCUGAGUUAAAACCAAAAGCAGCUACUUGCUCCGAAACUUUCUUUGGGCUCAUCUUAACUGACCACUUAGGGCCCUUCCACACAGCCAUAUAACCCAGAAUAUCAAGUGAGAUAAUCCACAAUAUCUGUUUUGAACUGGAUUAUUUUAGACCAUGCUGCCAUAUAAUCCAGUUCAAUGUGGAUUUAUACAGCUGUGUGGAAGGGGCCCCAGAUUUGAAAGUUUGGCAUAAGCCAGUUUCACUAUGGAAAUUGGCCAACAGCUUGUGGUAGUUAGCUGUCUUCCUGUCUUUAUGGCAGGACUAGCCCUGACUUUGCAAGUUCAUAGCCACUUAUCUAGUGAUGCUUUGUAGCAGAUGCAGUUUAUUUGUUGAAAGUAGCGUGGGGGGGGGGGGGGAGGUAAUGAUUUGAUUUUAAAUUCAACCAAAUUGAAUAAUAUGAAAUAAUUUUAUUUCUACCUAAACAUAAAAAGUGGGCUCCUGCCCCAUAAAAACACUUAGACUGGAUCUACCCUGACAUAUAAUCCAGAUGAUCAAAGCAGAUAAUUCAGAUUCUGUUUUGAACUGUAUUAUAUGAGUCUGCAGUUAUAUAAUCCAGUUUAAAGCAGAUAAUCUGGAUUUUAUUUGGCAUUGUAGAUGGGGCCUUAGUUGUUUGUGUGCAAGGUGAAUUUUCCCCUCCCAUUACUGUUAUUAAAAGGAGAAAGUGGGGAAGGACACUUGACUAUCAUAACCCCAUCUUUAUCACCCAAAGCUGGACAAUUAUGGUAUUCCGAAGCCCCCAGGGCCCCCCAAAUAUAGUCACAGCAACUUUCUGGAAUUGUCCCCUCCCAAAAGGAUAUCCCCCUCAGCUGAUUAGACUGUGAGAAACCAACCACAGCCACCCCCCACCCCAAGCUGGAAGGGAAUCCCCGCCUGGAACCAAUGAUGUCAGUGGAGCCCAGCCAAUCAGUGAGAGAGCUCAAGCCAACCCCUUCUCUCAGCCAAUCCAGGGAGGGAGCAGGAAGCUUGAAUGGAAACUUAACUGCUUAAAAGUCUAUGCUGUCUGUAUGCCUCUACAUUUUGGCAUCAGCCACACAUGCAUCCUUUCUGGCCGGACUGAAUAAACUUCUGUCGCUUGUCUUCACCCUGGAGAGCUGCUGCUGAAGCCUCAUUUUCCUUCAUCCUGCUGGACCUGUCAUGAUGCCUUUUAGAGGAAUGGCUGCCAGACUAGAAAAGGACCGUCUGCGAGCAGAGGGCGUGGGCAGUCACCAAAAUGCUGUUAAAUACCUGGGUCAGGAUUACGAAAUCCUAAAGCAGGAAUGUUUGAAGAGUGGCCAAUUGUUUGAAGAUCCUCAGUUUCCUGCCAUCCUUUCUGUCCUUGGCUUCAAGGAACUGGGGCCAAAUUCUGGCAAGACCCAAGGAGUGCGCUGGAAGCGCCCAUCGGAAAUUGUGGAUGACCCACAGUUUAUUGUGGGAGGUGCCACAAGGACAGACAUCUGUCAAGGGACUCUCGGUAAUUGCUGGUUACUGGCUGCCAUUGGUUCCCUGACUCUCAAUGAGGAUCUUCUGCACCGAGUUGUGCCUCAAGACCAGACCUUCCAGAAGGACUAUGCAGGCAUCUUCCAUUUCCAGAUCUGGCAGUUUGGUAAAUGGGUGGAUGUGGUAAUAGAUGACCGCCUGCCCACCAAAGAUGGAAAGCUGGUAUUUGUGCAUUCAGCAGAAUGUCAAGAGUUCUGGAGUGCUCUGCUAGAAAAGGCAUAUGCUAAGUUGAAUGGCUCAUAUGAGGCCUUGUCGGGUGGCAGCACCACAGAAGGCUUUGAGGACUUCACAGGUGGUGUGGCAGAAGUGUACAAUCUCAAGAAGCCGCCUAGUAACAUUGCCCGGAUCAUUUGCAAGGCUCUCGAAAGGGGUUCCCUCCUUGGCUGUUCCAUUGAUAUCACCAGUGCACGUGAUGUGGAAGCAGUCACUUUCAGGAAACUAGUGAAGGGUCAUGCCUAUUCUGUCACAGGAUUUAAGAAUGUGGACUAUCGUGGCCAACAAGAAUCACUCAUCCGCAUAAGGAACCCCUGGGGUGAGGUGGAGUGGACUGGAGCUUGGAGUGACAGCUCUUCUGAGUGGAAUGAAGUGGACCCUGAUCAGAGGGAAGAGCUGCAUCUAAAAAAAGAAGAUGGUGAAUUCUGGAUGUCUUUUAGAGACUUCAUGCGUCAGUUUUCUAGGCUGGAAAUCUGUAACCUCACUCCAGAUACUCUGGACAAAGAUGGGUUAAGCAGAUGGCACACUGCCCUCUUUGAGGGAUCCUGGCACCGUGGCAGCACAGCUGGUGGCUGCAAGAACCAUCCAGCAACAUUCUGGACUAAUCCACAGUUCAAAAUCAAGCUCCUAGAAGAGGAUGAUGACCCAGAAGAUGAUGAGGUGGCUUGCACUUUCUUAGUUGCCUUAAUGCAAAAACAUCGCCGAAAAGCUCGCCAAACUGGAGAAGAUAUGCAUACCAUCGGCUUCGCUGUCUAUGAGGCUCCUGAGGAGUCGCGGAGCUGCCAAAAUGUUCACCUGAAGAAAGAUUUCUUUCUGAGAAACCAGUCUCAGGCUCACUCAGAAACCUCUAUCAGCCUGCGGGAGGUGAGCAACCACAUCCGCCUGCCCCCUGGUGAAUAUAUCAUUGUGCCCUACACCUUAGAGCCCAACAAGGAAGCAGAUUUUGUCCUGCGUGUCUUCACAGAAAAGCAGUCUGAUACAGAGGAACUGGAUGAGGAGAUCUCUGCAGAUCUUCCAGAUGAGGAUGAAAUCUCUGAGGAUGAUGUAGAUGAGAACUUCAAAAACAUGUUCAGUCAGCUUGCAGGAGAGGACAUUGAAAUCAGUGUCUUUGAGCUCAGAACUUUCCUGAACAGAGCAAUUUCAAAGUACAACGAUCUGAAGACAGACGGGUUCAGCAUGGAUUCUUGCCGCAAUAUGGUCAAUCUGAUGGAUAAAGAUGGCAGUGCUCGUCUGGGACUUGUGGAGUUUCAGAUCUUGUGGAACAAGAUCAGGAGCUGGCUGAAUAUAUUUCGUCAGUUUGAUCUGGAUAAAUCAGGCACCAUGAGCUCCUAUGAGAUGCGUCUGGCCUUAGAAGCAGCGGGAUUCAAACUGGACAACAAGUUGCAUCAAGUGGUGGUGGACCGAUAUGCUGAUGACUCAUUGGGUGUGGAUUUUGAUAACUUUGUCUCUUGUUUAGUGAAGUUGGAGACCAUGUUCAGGUUCUUCAAAAGCAUGAAUCGUGAAGGCACUGGCAAUGCAGUGAUUAACCUUCGUGAGUGGCUGACGUUCACAAUGUGCAGCUAGAGCAAAGGUGGAACUUCUGGCUGCACUAACCCUGUCUGGCUGGGCUACUGAAGUGCCUCCUUCAGACUGAUACUGGAUGGCCCAACUCCUUCUUUCUUUCAUCAACUCACUGCUGAGCCCAACACCUGAUUUCCUCCAUUCCCCUUGAUCACCCACAAAGUAGUACCCCAUGACUAAGAGUGCAUAAGCACUCUUGCUCUCACCAACAGACCAUUGUCUCUGCAGGGAUCAGUCUCUCUUUUAGGGGCCAGGGCAGAGAGAAGACAGAUCUUACCUGCUGUGAUAAUACCUUGUGACAUCUCUUGCUGAACUGGGACAACCAAGAAAAGAUCAGUAGUGUAUGCUGGUUUUAGAGUUAAUCUGCCUGUCAGGAGGAGCUGUUCUAAAGAGAUAUUGGCAAGCCGGAAAGUAUUCAGAGGAGGGUGACUAAAAUGAUCAAAAGUCUGAAGACCAUGCCCUAUGAGGAGCAUCUUAAAGAACUGGGUAUGUUUAGCCUGAAGAAAAGAAGGUUGAGAGGAGACAUGAUACCCAUGUAUAAAUAUGUGAAAGGAUGUCAUAAGGAAGAAGGAACUGGUUUGUUUUCUGCUGCCCUUGAAACUAGGACUAGGAGCAAUGGGUUCAAAUUACAGGAAAGAAGGUUCCAUUAAGAGGAACUUCCUGACUGUAUGAGCUGUUCAACAGUGGAACUCUCUGUCCAAGAAUGUGGCGGAAACUCUGUCCUUGGAAACUUUUAAACAGAAGCUGGAUGGGCAUCUGUCAGGGAUGCCAGGUGCUUUUUCCUGCAUGGUAGGGGCCCAUGUGAUUUCUUCCAAUUAUAAUAGUCUGAUUCUAUUAACUGCUGUCCUUUUACUCUCCUAAAGAAAUAGUCAGCUAUGCAGCCCAAGCCCAGCUUUUCCACUAAGGAGGGCCAACAUGGUAUAAUGAUUUGAGUGUUGGAUGUAGAACUUCAGGGGCCAGAGUUCAAACCUUCAUUCAGCAAAGAAAACCCACUUUAUUUAUUUCGUGUCAAAAGCAUUGCACAACAAAUACAUUUUAAAAUGAUGAAAAAAGGAAAUCACAAGCAACUAAAUAGUUUUAGACCAAAAGCGGGCAACAGCAACCGCAUUGUCCAUAGCUUUAAACAACUCCUCCUCCAUACAUGAGGUAGGACAUUGUGGGCAAGCAUACAUAUGCGGGGUUGUUUGUUCUGCUCCACAGUCACACAAGGUGGAGGAUUCCUCCAGGUAGUGCCACCUUGCCAAGUUGUCUUUAGAUCUGCCCACUCCGCUUCUGAGUCUGUUCAGGGACUUCCAAGUUGCCCAUUCUUGGUUUGCCCCUGGAGGAGGACCCUCAUGGAGGGGGGGGCAUCCAGUUAGAAUUGCCAGGUUUAGCUGCCCAGAGGGACACCCUUGCUGCUGCUGGAGGAACAUCAAGAGGAGUGGUGGUUCUCAUGAAGCCCUUCCUUGAUUUGAGUCUGGUGGGAGGAGGCUGAUAGUCAUGCAGUGGGUGGCUUUCACCUACUGACCGUGGGUAAGUCACAUUCUAUUAACCUAAGAAGGUGGCAACAGAAAACCUCUGAAUAAUUCUUAGGAAUACAGUGAGCAUGAAGGCACACAACAGCAGGAUCAGAACCCAACAUAGUUUGCUACCUGAGAGGGGAGUAGUAAACACAGUGCCUGACCUCACCACCCAAGGAUACCAAAUUUGUUUUGGUACUAAGCCAGUGGGCUACGUAGAUAGUACAAACUCUCCCCAUAUCAAAAGGUCAAAAAAAUAACAAUGAAUUAUAAACAGUUAGCAAUUUGCCUAAAUAUUCUAAAGGCACCAGAUCUCGUCCGAUCUUGGAAACUAAUCAGGGUCAGAUAUAGUCAGUGCUUGGAUUGGGGUACAUCUAGGAAAACCUGGUGCUGUUGGCUGUAUUUCAGAGGAAGGAACUAGUGACACCACCCUUUGGUAUUCCUUGUCCAAGAAAAACUUAUGACGUUCAUGGGGUAACCAUAAGUCAAUAGACAACUUGAAGGCACAUGCACACAGACACACCCCAAUUUGCUGCCUUUUCAUGAAAUCCCAGAUUUGCUAUCAAGCACAAAAAACCAAAAGAUUUUCCAAAAAUGACAUAACUGGACUUAUAGUUUCGAUUAUGAUACAACAUUAAUUAACAAGUUCCAAAGUUUGUUCUAAGUUCUUUGGUGCCCUCAGGACACUACUGUGAUACCAGUGUAGGAAAUUCAUCUGGCUCACAAAGCCAUUUCUGUGUGGAAUAAUGACACCACCUUUUAUCCUUUGCCUCAAGCAAUCAAAUCUCAUGGGAGGAGUCCUUCCACCAACUGAAGCAUUCUUCAUUCAGAAUUGUUAAGGAUGCUUAAAAGUGCUUAUAAAUGAGCCCACAAGAAACCAAAUUAUCUCCCUACUUUACACCCAAAUCAGGGUGUAUUCAUAUAAGAAGUGCUCUCUCUGUGCCAGCAGAGGGAACUCUUGAUGUGCAUGUCACUGUGAUUAUCUGUACCCGCCACUGAUAUUUGCCAGUGAUGGGCAGGGAAUUUGGCUUGUGCACCACCUCCUUUCUCAAUUGGCCCAAUGAGAAAAGGCAGAUCAGGAGGAGGAAGCCUGCAAAGUCAUCUGCUCUUGCUCUUCUUGCAUUGCAGACUGAGUCAUCUGUGAUGGGGAGUGCCGGAGGAGGCUCUCCUUUUCUAAACCGAAGACAGAGAAUGCCUGGAAGCCUUUCAAAACAUCCUCGGCUUAGGAAGGAGUUUUUCCUCUGUCUUGAUGAGGCUAGACAUUUUUGCAGGGCUUGCUGUGAGCAAAAGCAUGUCUCAGCAAGCCUCACAUAGCUUUCAAUGUCUCAGCCCAUAACACUGGGGAAGACAGAGAAGGCAACUAGUUCCGGGGCUAAUUCUGACGUGCAAGGAAACCCCAUUUAUGUUCCAUAGUCAAUCUGGGUGUGGCAUCUACUCCUGGCUGAACCUCAGUGCCAACAUAGCUGAGCCCUGACUCAGAACUGAGCUGAGAUUCCAGCAGGACAUUCAUUUGUCAGAGAGGUGGAGGGGGAAGGGUAGAUAGACUCAAGACAAUUAAAUUCCUGGCUUCAUCUCAUAUUCAACAUUUGUUCGCAAGAGCCUCACUUCCUACUAAUGCUCAUAAUGUUAUUGCUAUUUUGUUACAUGUGUCAUAUUUUAUGUUUCAUAUUGAUUGGGUGUGUUUUAAUUGUUUAUCCCAUUCUAUGUAUUUUUUUUGUAUUGCGCUUAUUGUAUUAUGUUGUAAGCAGCCCUGAGUUCCCUGGGGAGAGAGGGGUGGGAAAUAAAUAACGGUUGUUAUUGUUGUUGUUGUUUCUACUACUGCUACUGCUACUCCUACUAUAGCUGAAUUAACUGUAACCACAUGCUUAGGAAAUAAAAAAGGGGGAUGGCACCCUUGGGAGGAGUCCUUCCACCAACUGCAGCAUUCUUCACUCAGAAUUGCUAAGCAUGCUUAAAAGAGAAGACAACUAAUUCUAGGGCUAAUUCUAACAUGCAGGGAAACCCCAUUUAUGUUCCAUAAUCAAUCUGAGUGUGGCAUCUGUCUCUGGCUGAACCUCUCUGUGCCAACAUAGCUGAGGCCUGACUCAGGACUGAGCUGAGAUUCCAGCAGGACAGUAAUUUGUCAAAGAGAUAGAGAAGGGGGGUAGUCGAGAGUCUUAAAGGCAUUUAAAUUCCUGGCUUCAUCUCAUAUUCAACAUUUGUUCUCAAGGUCUCCACUUCCCACUCCAGCUGGAUUAACCAUUAAGCAAAAUAACCACGUGCUUAGGACAACAAGAAAAAAAGGGGGUUGUCACCACAGAAAGUUUCUAUUGCUGUAUUUAACAUGGAUUAUUUGCUACAAAACUGCAAACGGGGCAGCUGAACCAGUUUCCACAAAAAUGUGUUCCUGUAAUAAAAGACUUUGCAAUUACAAAAAGUAGGAGAAAGCUUUUCAAAUAUAAAUAAAAACGGUAGUGUACAACAAUAAACACUAUUUUCCAUCUUU